AUGGCGCCCACACAAGCGGAACUCACCAGCUCGAUAGACGGUGCUCACCACCUUGUGGCCUUUGUGCUCACGCGCCCUCGCGAUUGGCUACUUGCGGUGUCGGACAUCCAAUCGGGUCGCAGCACAUCUCCGCUUUACUUCGCCUUCACCGACUUCCUCAAAUGUCAGCUUUCCUCCACACCUCAGCAGAAGGUCCCUGCUGAAAGCCUCGCCAGCUCUCAGUCCAUUCAGCUCACCUCCUCCUCACUCGAUGCGUCCUCGAAUGACCCCUGUGAGGUUCUCGAUCUUCGAGUCAACUCCAGGAAGACCGUUGAUGAAAAGGAGAACGCGGCUCUCAUCUCCUGGAAUCUUGCCCGCGUAAACGCCUUGUACCAGGACAUCAUCAAGCGGUUCCAGGUGGACAUCAGCAGUGAGGUGGACGCAAAAACACGGACGGGCCCUGUGGAGGACGAGUCAGAGCCGAGUUCGGUCGUCGAACAUGGCGCUGCUGGAGAUGGUGGGAAGGAGCCUCUCCUGCUCUACCACCCGGAACCCCCAGGCUGUCGAGAAGUUAUCAGUGAAAUGCUAAGAAAUCGUGAUUCCCGGCUGCAAUACAUCAAUGACGGCGCAGCAAUCGUAAAUCCCUUUGCAGUGGACCGCAAGGAGCAGCUGGAGGACCUUAUGAAGAUGCUGUGUUACGUGAACGACGAGAAUCAGUACGCCUGUCGUGGAUGCGGCCGGGUAACUCCGCAACUCAAGCAGAUGCAUCAGCACCUUCUGUCGCACAGCAGCAGCAAAUUCCACCUCUGCGUGCACUGCCUCAAAGGCUUCAACGACAAGUACGACAUGAAACGCCACACUCGAAAGCACACCAUGGUCAAGCCCUUUCGGUGUCCGGAGUGUGGCCGCGGUUUCAGCCAGCGCUGUUCCCUUGAAGGUCAUCGUCGGAAGGUUCACCAGGUGGUGCUGUCCUUCGCGCCGCACGAACGUCGUGAGGUGCUGCGUGUGUGCGAACGCUGCGGCUUCUCCUGCAACCGGCUCGAGGAUCUGCUGCAGCACACAGAGCGUCGACACCCCACGGACGUCCACGGCAUCACACGGCUACGAAGGCGCGUUGUCACCAAAUCAAAACGCCGAGCGUAA